UAAAUCCAUAUAAUUAUCUCUGCCUCUCCUUAUUUCUCUGGUUCUUAAGGAAAAUAAAUAAAUCUGUUGGGUGUUGUGUGACAAUAUUAACAGUAUUUUACAGUAAACUGAUGAAAAUCGUGACGCGAAUUAUAAUACUUCGAUAAAAAUAUAAAAUUGAUUAAAACCACAAGCGACAUGAUUUUUCUACUAUAUAAACAGCUAGUUGGAUUUUGUUUCAAAGACAGUCGUUUUUUCGCAUUGUAUCGACACUAAGCGACUGUCAAAACGUCUUUCUGCGAUGAGGGACGUGUACUUAGUAACCGGAAGCUGUUACAAAAAGUUAUACUUCAGUCUAUUUAUUUUCGGUCUUAUUUGUUCCGCGCGCUCCGAUGAAAACCCGCGGGAUUUAAAAGAGGAAAAAGUGAAGGUGCUGGGAAAAUUUGGUGCUGAUAAUUUUGGAAACAAAGUAAAUCUUUUGGAAACGGCCGAUCUGAAUGGAUUUUCGGGGCGCGCUUCGAAGGACAGACAGUUUGGUCAUGAGGGUGAAGGUGAGGGUGAGGGUGAGAGUGAACGCUUCAAUGAGAUAAAAGAGGGUAAGCAUGUGUUCGACUAUGAGAGAAAUGGAGUCAGAUUGGAUGUACGCAUUGUGCCGGUGGUUAAUGAGACCGUUGAGGAAGAAGACGAUCAUUUUCCGAUGAUACCGGUCCGAGAUUUGGGAAAGUGUGUUUUGGAUUUGUCGAUUAGCUGCGUCAGAGAUCGGGUUGCACGUUAUAUUGACGCGAUUGGACGACUCAAGUAUGUUAAUUUGAUUGGGAAGUAUGUUAAGUUCAUUAAAGUGAGAAACAGUUCGCCGAUGAGAAGGUUCAUUGACCCCCGGGCUAUUGGGACCAGCACCCAAAUCGACCGAAGUAUUGACGACUUUUUUGAUAAAUUUAUUUUGAGGAUUAAUUUUCCAAAGUGGAAUCCCAGAAGGAGGGAACAGAAUCAAAUCGAUUUUACUUUUGGUGAAAAUGCUAUUGUUGAAGGGAGAGGUGGAAAAGGCGGCGGGGGUGGUAAAGGAGGUGGUAAAGGCGGCAAAGGAUGCAAACAAAUGAUGAUGUGUAUGAUGAUGGCGUUGAAAAUGAAGAUGAUUGCUAUGAUGGGAUUCAUGGCAAUGAAAGGACUAAUGAUGGCAGGAGCCUCGAUGAUGAUGACCAAAGCGAUGCUGGUGAUGAAAAUGAUGAGUUUCAAAGGCUGGCCAUCUGGUGGAGGCGGAGGCCACGGCGGCGGUGGUGGGGGAGCGCCCUUGAAGGAGAUCGUUCUGUUGACCAAAGCAUCGGAUGGAGGUGGAGGAGGCCAUGGCGGUGGGGGUGGGGGUGGAGGUUACGGUGGCGGAGGAGGUCACGGUGGCGGUGGUGGAGGUCAUGGUGGUGGUGGAGGAGGUCACAUUUCACCACCACCGACUAGUUACGGUCCCCCUUCAAGUGGCGGUGGAGGCGGCGGUGGUUACGAUUAUAGCGGUGGUGGGGGUGGUGGUGGUUGGGGCCGCAGCUUCAACAAUCGACUUUCCAUGUCAACUUUCUCGGAUCAAUAUUCAAACCCCACAAACCAACAGAUUGAGGAUGACAACAUUUCAAUCAUCAACGUCUAUCCUGAUUCCGGAGAUAAGAUCAAUGACAGCGACAGUCGUCAUCACAACUCCGGGACUCAUGAUAGUCAAGAAAACAUCGGCGAAGUGGUUCAAUUAAACGAUGACUCGCUUGACAAUAAAAAACCUAUUGUUAUUAUGGAUGAUAACAAAAGUCAUGAAGGAAUUACUAAUCAUGCCAAUGCUAAGAAAAAUAUUUACGCUAGUAACUGGAGAAAUUACGAAGAAACUCAAGGAAUGUGGGAUAACACUAAUUCAAUAAUUGCUACUCGUAUUAAAAAAAAUAAAUAAUUAUAAUGAUAUUUACUAAUUUAUUUAAUAUAUUUAUUUUGUACUUAUUUAUUUUUUAUAAUAAAUUAUAUAUUAUUCAA